CGGUACGCAUGUGGAGUGGAUUGUGGACGUGUGUCUGUGUAACGCAUGCGCAUUGAGAGUGCAGGCGGCCCGGGCUGUGGGCAGCUGUUUGUCGCGGCGCCGCGUCCCGGCGGAGAGAGAGAGGCUAUGGAGCCUGCUUGGCGGCAGGCAGGUCGGGGCCGGGGACGUGGACGUGGACGGGGCAAAAGUGGUGGCUGUCAAGUGGCUGGAUCCGUAAGAGAAGCCGAGGCUGGCGGAGGAGAUGACAGGCGGGCGAAUGGCAGAGGCUCGAGCAGCAGCUGGUCAGGGGGUCAGCCCGGUAUAAGUAAUGAGCUGUCAUCGCUGAAAAAAUUUGAAGAAAUUCGUAAGGCCAAUCAGGCAGUAGCCCAAAGGUUUGCUGAUGAGGACACUUCCUCAGAAGAAGAAGGAGAGGAGGAUUUUGAAGGCCAGCGAGGGAAAAUUGUCGCCUCAACAUUUACAACAUAUUCUCAUCACGUUGGUGAUGAUUCUUCCAGAGAACUGGAACGCACAAAGCAAUAUCUGAAUGAUGCAUUUCAGUCAGGAGCUCAAACGUGCCUCAUCUGCAUUGCCUCAGUGAAGCGGAAUCAGGCUGUUUGGAGUUGCUUCCGUUGUUACUGCAUCUUUCACAUGCCAUGUAUUCAAAAAUGGGCAAAAGACAGCAUUUUUCUUGUAUCCUCUGCGUUGGAUGAUGAUUUUGGGAAAAAAGAGCAUCCUUGGCCAUGUCCUAAAUGUAGGCACCAGUAUGAACAGUCUCAAACUCCAACAAGAUAUCACUGUUAUUGUGGAAAAGUUGAAGAUCCCCCACCGGACCCUUGGCUUGUACCUCAUUCCUGUGGCCAAGUUUGCGACAAAGAAUUCAAGCCUUUAUGUGGACAUAAGUGUCUUCUUUUAUGCCAUCCUGGUCCUUGCCCACCUUGCCCAAAGAUGGUCUCCAUUACAUGUUACUGUAAAAAGGCUAAACCAGUAUCCCGACGAUGCAGUGCUAAGGGGUGGUCCUGUCAGCAGCUGUGUAACCGACUGUUAUCUUGUGGGCAGCAUAAAUGUGAAAAUCCAUGUCAUACAGGUGGCUGCUCAGAGUGCCCUCGUAUCAGCAGGCAGCGAUGUUUGUGUGGCAAGAAAACAGUUGAGCGGCUGUGUGCUAGACCACAAUGGCAGUGUGAAGAGGUGUGUGGAAGAACUCUACCUUGUGAUAACCAUACAUGUGAACAGGUCUGCCAUCGUGGGGUUUGUGGAAAUUGUCCUCGCUCAGGGUACAGGGUGUGCCCAUGUGGAAAGUCAAAAUCUGCACUGCCCUGUACAGAGGAUAUACCAACCUGUGGUGAUACUUGUGACAAACCAUUGGAGUGUGGCCUUCAUAGAUGUUCAAUGCGGUGCCACCGAGGUCCCUGUGAAACCUGCAGACAGGAAGUGGAAAAGCAAUGUCGCUGUGGGAAGCACACAAAGACUUUGCCAUGCCACAAGGAGUACUUGUGCGAAACAAAAUGUGCCAAAUUGCGUGAUUGCCAAAGGCAUCAGUGUAAGAGGAAGUGCUGUUCUGGGAAUUGUCCUCCGUGUGAUCAAAACUGUAGUCGAGCUCUUGGUUGUAGAAACCACAAAUGCCCAUCAGCCUGUCACAGAGGUGCUUGCUACCCAUGUCCAGAGACUGUAGAAAUAAAAUGUAAUUGCAGUGCAACUGUUCUGGUUGUACCUUGUGGCAGAGAACGAACUACUAAACCUCCAAGAUGCAAAGAACUUUGCAGGAAACCACCCACAUGUCAUCACCCAAAUAGAGAGAAACACAGAUGUCACUUUGGUGGUUGUCCUCCAUGCAAACAGCCCUGCCAGAAAGCACUAGCUAAGUGUGCCCACCUUUGUCCUGCAACAUGUCAUGAUGAAGUACUUGUGAAGCAAGCAAACUCCCACCAACCUACAGGUCCGUGGGAGCAACGUUCUGAACCAACUUUCAUUCGAACUGCAGUGCCCUGCCCACCUUGUAUAAUUCCUAUUCCUAUGGCUUGUCUUGGAAAUCAUGAGGUUAGUCUUUUGCCUUGUCAUGCAGUAGGGCCCUACUCUUGUAAGAGACCUUGUGGACGGCUCCUGCCCUGCCGGAAUCACACAUGUGUAAAAGAAUGCCAUGCACUCACCAUAGUCGAUGAAGAUGAUAAACAAAAGGCUGGCAAAGAAUGUCAGGCGUGUGAAGAGGGAUGUAACAAACCCCGUCCAUCUGGUUGCGUUCAUUCGUGCACUUUGCCAUGCCAUGAUGGUGCAUGUCCUCCAUGUUCACAGAUGAUCCGUGUAAAAUGUCAUUGCAAAAUCGCAAACCUCUAUGUGGAAUGCAUAGAAAUGACUACAGCUGAUGCAGAAACUAAAGCAAUCCUUAACUCCUGCAAAAAUCAAUGUCCUAAGCAGUUGUCUUGUGGACAUCGAUGCAAAGCAACCUGCCACCCUGGUAACUGUUCACAAAGUUGCAGCCAGAAAGUGAAGAUGAAGUGCCCCUGUAAGCGGAUUAAAAAGGAAAUACUGUGUUCAGUGGUGACUGAGGAGCAAGCCCUGGUGGAAUGUGAUGAAGUCUGUCAGGAAAUGAAGCAAAAAGCAUCUGAGAUGAAAGAAGCUGAAGAAAAAGCUGCCCUUGAAAAAGAAAGACUAAAGCAACAGGUGGAAUUAGAAGCCUUUGAAAAAAGACUAAAGGGUCGCCGUAAGAAGAACAAGAAACGGGAUACAAUAGAAACCCAAGAAACAGCUUGGCAGAAAUACAAGAAAUACCUAAUGAUCCCUGUCUGUGGGAUUAUCCUGGCAGUGGUCGCUUUUUACCUACUACAACUCAAUUGAAGAAAUUGGAAGCCAUGGUAUGGUCAAAAUUAAUUAAGAAAAAACUUAUCUAGUGUACUUUAAAAGAAAUAAUUACAUUAGAAUGAAUCCCACAACUAAAGUCCUUUUGUGCUGAGCUUGCUUCCAGCCUACAAAAGUUUACAAAUAUAAUCAAUCAUGAUGCCAUAAGUGAUUUAUGCAUGUGACAAAUACCAUUAACUUUCACGUGUAUAUAAUAUUGUAUGAAAACUUAACAUCACAUUGUGUGUAUUUAGACAUGCAUGAUUAUUUCACUGAGAUGUUUGAGAAAAAAUAUCACUGCAGAUAAUUCUAUUUCAUACAUAUAAACAUUAAUUUUGUCUUGGAACUGACAGGCUAUGAAGAUUGCAUUACAAUUAUUAAAAUUGUUUUAUUUCCUUCUUUGGGAACUUAGGAUAAGUCUGACCAAUUUAAUAUAUGUGAGUUUCUUUAUCUUCUAGCUUAUGUAGACCUUUUAAUUUUUCACUUUUAGUCUAUGCAUUUGACUAUUCUGUGAAAGUUGUAAGCCAGCAAACAGAGUUAUGUUUAGUUUGUGAAUCGGUAGACAUAGUAUAAUUGACCCCAGCUCACUAAAAUGUUGUAGAUUGUAGAUUGCCUUGCUAUUAAAAAAAAUUCUGUUGUUUCAGAUCAAAAAAAUGCUUGUCGGCUGGGCCUCGUGCUUUAUAUAGCACUGUAGUUAUUCAAAACAAAUUAACAAAUUGAAAAAUAGCAAGCAUUGAAACACCACUAAUGGCAUAAGCACAGAGUGAGAAAUUUAAAGUCUGCUCUUAUUUUACAUUUAAAUGAUUGAAUGGCUCCACUUCCCUAUUAGAUUAUCAUGGAGAGUUGACUGACUUUUCUUUCACAGUCCGUAUAUAUUUUAUCUUCUAAUUGAAAAAAAUUGAGGCCAGAGGGUCAAGCAUUCCUUUUUCUUAGCUACAUAGUUGUAUUUAUAUUGGAAUUGGCUAUUUAGAUAUAGCAGUAAUUUUAAAAAUUAUUCAAAACUGUCUGAGAACCAAUUGAUGGAUUACAUGUUCUAUAAAUCUAUUUCCAUGGGAUAUUAUUGAUAAAUUCAAAAAGAAUUCACAAGACAUUAAAAAUAUUUAAUGCCAGAUAGUGCAAACGGUUUGCAAUGUGAGCCCUAUUGAAUGUUUUCCUGAACUGAAAUUUAUCUAUGCAGUGAGCUGUAUGUUGCAUUAUUUUUCUUGACCUAUGAUUUAAUAAAUGAAUUGUGUUCCCAUU